AGCUCACACUGUUGCGCAAUUUCAUCAGAACUAAAGUUCAAGGUACCAUAGACAGGUCUGAUUUAGUGCACUGGGCUCUUUAUCAUUCAACUGAACUGUUGGUGACUGGUCUGUUUGUCUGCACAGAGUCCUUUUACAUUCAAAAGAGACCAUGGGAGAAUGGGGUUUUCUGUCCUCUCUACUGGACAAGGUCCAGUCCCACUCCACCGUCAUAGGGAAGGUCUGGCUGAGUGUGCUGUUUAUCUUCAGGAUCAUGAUCCUUGGAGCCGGAGCAGAGAAGGUGUGGGGCGAUGAACAGUCGAAUAUGAUUUGUAACACAAAACAGCCUGGUUGCAAGAACGUCUGCUAUGACCACGCCUUCCCAAUCUCACACAUUCGAUUCUGGGUCCUCCAGAUUAUCUUCGUCUCAACACCAACGCUGAUCUACCUUGGUCAUGUCAUCCACAUUAUCCACAAAGAAAAUAAAAUGAGAGAGUAUAUACAGACCCACUCUAGUAGCGAAAUCGUCAAAGUUCCCAAGUACUCUGAUGAAAAAGGCCACGUUAAGAUUAAAGGCAACCUGCUGGGUAACUACAUAACCUCCAUAUUUUUCAGAAUCCUUCUGGAGGUAGCGUUCAUUGUGGGGCAGUAUUAUCUGUAUGGGUUUAUCAUGGACCCAAGAAUCGUCUGCUCCAGAGCACCUUGUCCCUUCACUGUAGAGUGCUACAUGUCCCGACCCACAGAGAAGACCAUCUUCAUCAUCUUCAUGCUUGUAGUCUCCUGCAUCUCUCUUCUACUCAACGUAGCAGAGCUCUUCUACCUGGCGUGUUUUCGCACAUCUAGACGAAGGUUUAAAACACUGCCGUCCACUGCUAUUUCCAUUCACCCACUUUUAAAAGGUGACAGGGAUGGAAAAUGAGAAGCUUACUCUCCAUAAUGCCAAUCACAGUACAGUAAUUUAGAUCCAAUGUGCAAAAUUUAAACAGCCGCAUAGUUACCAAAAAAAAAAGAAAAAAAAAAGUGACUAACAGGGCUAAAUCCACAAAAGACCGUAGCUCACAUGUGUAUAAAUUACACAAUGUGAUACUUCAAAAAGACCUGAAAAUGAAGCAAAUUUGGAAAUGUAUUAGGAGACUAUUUGUGAAUAGUUACAAGCAUUCAUAUAUUUAAAAAUGUGAUUAUACGAUAGUGUCAAUGAAGCAAACUUUUAAAAUUUGUUAAGGACAAAAGUGAGUUUUUGUGUGCCAGCUGUGACAUUCGCAGAAGUCAUUAAUUCUGCUGUGGUCUGUGACUACAUGGCUUGAUGUCAGAGGGACAUGACCCUAUAACUUGACUUGACUGCAGAUAGCUCUGUGUCUCUGUACCAAUUUGCUUUGGCCAAAAGCCAUUUUGUAAUGCUACAACCUUUUUAUGUUCUAAAGCAGUGCUGAGGUGCCAGUAUACUUUUUAAAUUUAUAUUUUCCGUUUAUUAUAUAAUUUGCUGGCAUGACUUUUAAAACUGUAAAUAUUUGAAUUGAAUUACAAAUAAUUUGUUUUUUCAUGUUUAAUAUGACUGUAUGUGCCUUGUGUUUGUAAAUUAUUGUAAAAAAAAAAAGAGUACUGAGGAAAGGGUACACAAGGGGAGUCCAAGUAAUUUUCAAACUGCCUCUCAGUUUUUGUUUCAUUAUCACUGUUGUUACUCAACAUACUCAUGCAUAAUUAAUUAUUUCUGUUCCCAGGUGUCACUGAAAUUACAUUUAACCUACUAUCACUAAUUUAGUAACAGAAAAACAAUUUUUGAAAAACCUCUAUUGGAUAUUGUAUUAAAAUAAUCACAUCAGAGGAGAAAUAAAGAUGUAAAUAGUCAGAUAUAGAAUAUAGAUCAAUAUCACCAGAAAGUAUGUUGUACAAUCUCUGUAAAUUAUUGCUGAUUUAGUUUACUGUAACUUAUGGAGUUAAUGCAACGUAACUACAAGGAUCACACAGCUCUAAAGCUCUAAAGGUGAUAUGAAUAAUAUUUAUUGUAUUUUUUUAUUUUUAUAUUUAUAAUUUCAUCAAACUAAUCACAAUAUAAGUAAAAUCACAACAUUUUUAUUGUACAAGCAUUUGUUGUAUUUCCUCCACACCUAUGUCAGCGGUUUUUAACAUCUUUAACUCUUUCUUUUGCUUUUACACUCGCAAAUGUACAGUAUGGUUCAGUGUCACCUUGUAACCAGCAACAGGAUGUUGUCAGCAAAGAGAAGGUGCUAUAUCUGCUCAGCACCACACAGCAGACAAAGCUGAUGCAAAAAUAAAGUUGAACUUCUAGCAAGCUACA